UUUCCUCUUAUAUAUAUCAAAUCUCCUCCCCUCUCACCUCUUCCUCCUCAACCAGUAUUGUUCUCUCUCUCUCUCUCUCUCCUCAUUUCUUCCUCUUUCUCUCUCUAAAAUCUUAGUAUAAUAAUCUGAUCUCUCUGAGCUCUCCAAUGGAGUUGGAAAGUGUAUUGAAGUUUCUUGAGAACAAGACCAUUUUGGUGACUGGUGCCACUGGCUUUCUAGCAAAGAUUUUUGUUGAGAAAAUACUUAGAGUUCAACCCAAUGUCAAGAAGCUCUAUCUUCUUUUAAGAGCAUCUGAUGCCAAAUCGGCCACACAACGUUUGAACAAUGAGAUCAUCAACAAGGAUUUAUUCAAAGUACUAAAGGAAAAAAUGGGUGGAAAUUUCAACACUUUUGUACGAGAAAAGAUAUGUGUGAUGGCAGGAGACAUUACUCUUGAGGAUUUGGGAGUUGAAGACUUGAAUUUGAGAGAAGAAAUGUUUAGCCAAUUAGAUGCAAUUGUCAAUUUGGCUGCAACUACAAACUUUGAUGAAAGAUAUGAUGUUUCAUUGAAUCUCAACACAAUGGGAGCUAAGCAUGUCUUAAACUUUGCUAAGCAGUGCACUAAAUUAAAGGUUCUAGUUCAUGUCUCCACAGCUUAUGUUUCAGGAGAAAAAGAGGGUCUGAUCUUAGAAAAUCCAUACCACAUGGGUGAGACUCUCAAUGGGGCCACUGGUUUAGAUAUCGACAAUGAGCUAAGCCUUGUCCAAGACAAACUCAAACAACUUCAAGCUUUGGACCUCACACACGCUCAACUUACUUUGGCUAUGAAAGAUUUUGGCCUCCAAAGGGCUAAGCAAUUUGGGUGGCCAAACACAUAUGUAUUCACAAAGGCCAUGGGAGAAAUGAUAAUAGAAGAGCAAAAGGAAAAUACAAAUGUGGUGAUUGUAAGGCCAACCAUUGUUACAAGUACUUACAAAGAACCUUUUCCUGGUUGGGUUGAAGGGAUCAGGACGAUUGACAGUAUGGCAGUUGGAUACGCUAAAGGAAGAUUGACAUGUUUUUUAGGUGACUUGGAGUCGACCGUUGAUGUUAUUCCAGCAGAUUAUGUGGUGAACGCCAUAGUUGUAGCUAUGGCUGCUCACGGGAACGAACCCUACUCGAAUAGGAGCAUUUACCAAGUGGGAUCGUCGAUGAGAAACCCUUUGAAAUACAGAGACCUCCAAGAGUUAGGGUUUCGUUACUUCUCGAAGAAACCAUGGAUUAACAAGGAUGGAAAUCCUGUAAAGGUUCAAAAGGUCACCAUUUUGAGUGACAUGGCUAGCUUCCAAAGAUACAUGACCAUUCGUUACUUGCUCUUCUUAAAGGGUUUGGAAUUGGUGAACACUGCAUUCUGCCAGUACUUCCAAGGAAAGUAUCUUGACCUUAGUAGAAAGAUUAAAUAUGUCAUGAGACUUGUGGACCUCUAUCGCCCUUAUUUAUUUUUCAAAGGAGUUUUCGAUGACAUCAACACAGAAAGAUUGAGAUUGGAAGGCAAAGAAAGUGGGAUAGAGACAGAUAUCUUCUACUUCGACCCAAGAGCCAUCAAUUGGGAAGAAUACUUUUUGAGUAUUCAUAUUCCUGGAAUCGUCAAAUAUGUUUUCAAAUGAUAUAUAUAUAUAUAUUUAUUUAUUUAUUUAAUGGUCAGUUUGUUUCAAAUUAAAGUUGGUUUAUAAUUAAUAUUAUUAAUUAAUAUUAAUAUAUAUAAGAGUAUUAUGAUGAUGAUUAUUAUUGGUUUGUGUACUUCCAAGUUGUACUAUUUUAAUUACUUAAAUAUAUUCUAAAUAAAUAGCUUCGUGCUCCUAA